CUUGGCUGGAGCAGAAGUCACGGGGCUGUUCAUCUAAACCCAAGACUCUACAGGCAGUUCUUCUACUAGUACUAUUAAAGUAUUAAAUCUCUCUCAUUAUCUAUAUCUCCCUGUCUUUCUCUUAUCCCAGAAAACUACACCCUCUGUUUUUCUCUUAUGAAAAUGAACUUGCUUGGUGACUCGGUGGAAGAUGUAGCUAGCUGUUCUACUACUGCUUUGGUUUCGUCUCAUAAUCAAGAGAGAUUAGACCUCAAGUCCAUUCGGGCGGUUGUCAUUUCAGUCAAUCAAUGCAUUCUCAAACUCAUAGCAAAUGCCAAAACUAGAAACUCUAUAAGGGUGAGAUGUAUCUCCAAGCUUCAAAAUCAGAAACAGGAUUUCUUCGAAUUCUCUGACCAGUCUGUCAUAUCAAAUCUUUACUGGGGUAUUGACAGCAUAGAAGCUGCAAUUACCGCCGAAUGGCCAGAAGAGAAAGCCGCUCAGCUGAGGAAGGCAGAGCAGAUGCUACAAGUGCCCGCGCUACUCGAUGAGGAUGGAGUCACAGCUGGAAUUCCGAACAGUUAUUUGGUGUGUUGCUCAUACUUUUACCUCUCUGUUGUUCGAAAACUCCAAGAGGAUGAGUGGCAGGUUGCACUGCAUUUCCUACAGGCCGUGCUGGUCUCCCCGAGACUUGUUCAGACAGAAUUUGCGCAUGACCUUUAUGAAAGUCUUUUCCCGACUUGCGGCCGUUCUGAAAGACAAGAAAUAAGAGCGAGUAAGAGCUUGGAAUCAAUUGACAAGGAUGAAGCAAUAAGGCAGAUGGCAAGGAUAUAUAGAGAUUGGUUGAUGUAUUAUAAGGUCAUGUUAUAUGGCGCGACUCCUCAGGGUCAAGGUGGAGGAUACAGAGGCAUUUUGUCCCCUGACAAAGAGUCACUAUAUUCUCUACAUGGGAAAUCCACUAGGUCGGACUGUUCAAAUAAUAUUGAGCAUGACCACAGCUUGCACACUCAAUGGAAUUAUGGAAAAGUGCACCCUUUUGAUUCUCAAGAAGAUAUUGCCAUCGAAGAUGAACUGAAACAAUCCAUCCACAUCUCAGAAUUUGAAGAAUAUGGGAAAUCCAAAAAUGAUUUGAAUCAAGCAACAGAGUUUCAUGUUAAAACUAGAGAGCUCCAGAGGAAUUCAAGUAUUAAAAGACUCCAAGAUUUGCUGGAUGACUCUCAAUCAGACACACCAACUUCAGUGGAUUCAUGCUCUGAUUAUUCAGAUUAUGACAUUGAGUCAGAGGUCAUUGAUGGUGGUGAGUGCUCAACCAGAGAUGCAAGAAUAGGUGCAGAUUUUUCCAAGAAACUGCAGGCUACUAGCUCCACAUCAGACCCAAAGUACGAAGCAUUAUCUUUUUCACAAGUCUGUCAGGAUCCAGUCCCUAACGAAGUCAUUCAAGUAAAUAACUCUAUGAUUCUUUCGAGCAGAUUCACAGAUUCCAUCAAUGGUUUAUUAACUAUUUCAGAGCAUAGAGAUAAAAGAUCAAAGACCCAUCAGAAUUUAUAUGUACAAAAGGAGUAUGCAUCUCAGCGGAACUAUAGGAUCAACCAAAGGGAUCACCAAAGAAGUGUUGCAAGGAAAAAACAUAGUUCUCGUAGCCAGAAAAGCUCUAUUGAACUUCGCUUACAUUCCACAAAAGAUUCGAAAAGUGAACUACUGAGUAUUACUGAAAAAGCAAUUUCAAAACUAUUUCAGUGGGAAGGAUUGGGAAAAUGGGAUGAAGAUUAUGCUGUAGAAGUUACAACAAUAUAUCAAAUACUAUGCAACAAAAAAGGAGAGAAAUGUGCUGUCUUGAAAGACAUGAUAUUGGAUCAACUGCUCAUAGGUAUUUCAGCUUCAAAGGAGGAGAAAGUGAUAAGGGUAUCAGUGUCUAUACUAACUACUAUUGUUGCAGCUAAUAAGUCAGUUAUCGAGGACAUAAAGAAGAAAGGUCUGCAGUUAUCUGAUUUGGCAAGUGCUCUAAAAAGAAAUGUUCAUGAGGCAGCAAUACUGUUUUAUCUAAUGAAUCCAUCUCCUACAGAAAUUAAGACUUUAGAACUUUUACCGGCAUUGUUGGGGGUCGUGUGCUCUCCAAACAGUUAUAAGGGUAGGCCAGCAUCAGUGCCAACACCUCUGACAGCAUCACUAAUGAUUAUUGGAGUUUUAGUAUCUUCAUUUGACCAUGCCACAAAUAAUGUGCACUUGGCUGAAAUCAGUUAUCCCAAUGUGCUGCAUGGGCUCCUAGUUGUUGCAAGAGAUAGUAACAUUGAAGAAUUGAUCUCCUGGGCCACUAUUCUUGUCAAAUGCAUACAAUACGAUGGAAACUGCAGAAGAUAUAUAUCAAGAUUAGCUCCAAUGGCUCCAUUUUCCCGUCUCCUAGAAUGUAAGAUGAAGCAUGCCAGGUGCAUAGCGCUGGAAUUUUUUCAUGAAGUUCUUUGUAUUCCAAGGUCAUCGGCUACUGCCUUGUUGCAGAGGCUGCAAAAAGAAGGAAGCACGAAGAUUAUGAACUCACUCAUGCUUUGUGUCCAACAAUUGCAACCUGAAUACCAACUUUUGGCAGCAAAUUUGCUGCUUCAUUUAGAUACACUAGAUAACUCCUCCUGUAAGAGUGCAUUGACAGAAGAAGCUAUGCAGGUUCUCCUCAAGUUGGUCGCAUCUGAAGAAAGUUCCACUACACAGCACUUAUCUGCAUUCAUCUUAUCAAAUCUCGGUGGAACAUAUUCAUGGGCAGGGGAACCAUAUACAGUAGCAUGGUUGGUUAAAAAGGCAGGUGUGACUUCCUCGUAUCGACGGAAUAUGAUAAAAACUAUCCAUUGGUUGGAUGAUUGCUUAGAGGAUUCUGGCACGGACUCAUGGUGCAGCAAAAUUUCCAGAAGCAUCAUUAACAUUGGGAAUCCUGUCUUUGAUUCUUUAGUGAAGGGUCUAAAGAGCACAACAAGGAAGGUUUCUAGGGACUGUCUAAUAGCCAUAGCAUGGCUUGGGUUUGAAAUUGCAAAGAGUCCAGAUAUCAUCAGAUAUUCUGCCUGUGAGAUCUUACUUAGUGGAGUUGAGCAAUUUUUGCAUCCUGGAUUGGAGCUAGAAGAACGAGUUCUAGCAUGUCUCUGCAUAUAUAACUAUGCUUCUGGUAAAGGGAUGAAAAAGUUGAUUCAUUUCUCGGAAGGAGUGAGAGAAUCACUAAGACGCUUGUCAAAUGUAACCUGGAUGGCAGAGGAGCUACAUAAAGUAGCUGAUUAUGUUCUGCCAAACCGAUCACAGCGCAUUUCUUGUGUUCAUACCCAAAUUCUCGAGGUUGGAGUCAAUUACAGUGGAGCUGUAUGUGCCCUCAUGUAUUACAAAGGAUUUCUUCAUGGUGGCUACUCAGAUGGUUCUGUGAAGGUCUGGAACAUAAAAGGUCAGUCAGCCACACUCGUAUGGGACAUGAAGGAGCACAAAAAGGCAGUUACAUGCUUUUCACUACUUGAAUCCAGGGACAGCCUUAUAAGUGGAUCACUGGACAAAACUAUCAGGGUCUGGCAAGUGGUCCACAAAAAACUGGAGUGCAUUGAGGUGAUAGAAACCAAGGAACCAAUUCGGCAUCUGAAUACAUGCGGGGACAUGAUAUUUGCAAUUACCCGUGGCCAUGGGAUUAAGGUGAUUGAUGCAUCAAGAAAGGUCAAAGAUAAUUGCACGAAUAAAAAGGUAAAGUGUAUGGCGGUGGUUCAGGGGAAGAUUUAUGCAGGUUGCAAGGAUUCAAGCAUACAGGAGUUGUCUACAACAAGCAAUCGGGCACAAGAGAUCAAAGCAGCAUCAAAAUUUUGGAGGCUGCAACGGAGACCCAUAAAUGCAGUUGUCACGUAUAAAGAUUGGCUUUACAGUGCAAGUUCAAUUGUGCAAGGUUCAAACUUGAAGGAAUGGAAAAGACACGGCAAACCCCAAAUGUCACUUAAAACCGGGAAAAGAGAAAAGGUGACGGCAAUGGGAAUAACGGAAGACUUCAUAUACCUCAACUGCAACUCAUCAACAAACAGCAUCCAGAUAUGGCUGAGAGGGACACAGCAGAAAGUGGGCAGAAUCUCAGCAGGAAGCAGAAUUACGAGCAUCCUCACAGCCAACGACAUUAUCUUGUGUGGUACCGAAGCGGGGCUAAUCAAGGGAUGGAUCCCUCUAUAGGACCAAGUUCAUCAGCCAGCGCAAGCAGGUGUGAGAGAGCAGACAAGGAUGGCAAUGGUGGUUUUUUAUUCUUUUCUAAAUUUACAAACCUUUUUGCGUGCGAGUAUGUAAAGAGCUACUGCGCCGGUGCCAAAUUGCCAAUGUAGAAUACAGAAUGAGAUUGUUUGUAUAUAAUGUCAUAUAUUUGAGUGUCAAAA